AUGAGUGACUCAGAUGAGGAUGACAUCCCCCAGCUGUCUGCCCACACCUUUGCAGCUCUCCAGGAAUUUUAUGAGGAGCAGAAGCAACACACUGACCCAGGCGGGGAUGAUAAAUACAACAUUGGAAUAAUAGAAGAGAAUUGGCAAUUGAGCCAGUUUUGGUAUAGCCAGGAAACUGCUUUACGACUUGCAGAGGAAGCAAUUGCCGUCGCUGGAGAAGGUGGCAGGAUAGCUUGUGUGAGUGCACCCAGCAUCUACCAGAAACUGAGAGAGCUGCACAGAGAGGACCUUGCGGUGUACAUCUUUGAAUACGACAAAAGAUUUGCCAUCUACGGAGAGGAGUUUAUCUUUUACGAUUAUAAUAAUUCAUUGGAUUUACCCAAGAAAAUCACCGCACACAGUUUUGACCUCGUAAUAGCGGAUCCACCCUAUCUUUCUGAGGAGUGUCUCAGAAAAACGUCAGAAACUGUCAAGUAUCUGACUCAGGGCAAGAUUCUGCUGUGCACAGGUGCCAUCAUGGAGGAAGCAGCAGCAAAACUUCUUGGAGUGAGGAUGUGCAAAUUCAUUCCAAAACACACCCGAAAUCUGGCCAAUGAGUUUCGCUGUUACGUCAAUUAUGAUUCUGGGCUUGACUGUGAAAUCUAA